GGGAGGCGCCGCCGCCGCCCGCGGACGCUGCAGGGGAAGGUGCGGCUGGGCAGAGGCGGACGAGAAGAGGGGCUGCCGCGGCGGUCGGUCCGGGGAGACCGGAAGGAGGCGGCGGCCCCGCGGCCCGGGCUCCGCCGCCGCCCGCGCUGCCGGAGGCUUCUUCCUGGUGAUCCCCCGGCCGGGAGGCGAGGAGGAGGGACGAGGAGGAGGCUCGCUGCAGUUUCCCCGAGAAUCAUCCUUUGCCGCCGUCGUCGCCGCCGCAGGUUCUGGAUUUAAUACCGUGCCGGACCGAGCACUGCUGGCUCGAGAGGGCGAAGAAGGGAGCCCCACGGAGGGUGGUGUUUAAAAACAAAAAACAGCAACAAAAAAGCAAAAAAAAAAUACUGAUUUUGGUGGUGUGACUUUUUUUUUUUUUUGACAUCCCCCCCUUCCACCCCCUCUGUUUGAUUUCCCCUCUGGACCAUGGCCGACGACGACGUGCUGUUUGAGGAUGUGUACGAGCUGUGCGAGGUGAUCGGCAAGGGCCCCUUCAGUGUUGUGCGGCGAUGUAUCAACAGAGAAACUGGGCAACAAUUUGCAGUAAAAAUUGUUGAUGUAGCCAAGUUCACAUCAAGUCCAGGGCUAAGUACAGAAGGUAAGAGAUGGAUUUCAAAUCUGAAACGGGAAGCCAGUAUCUGUCAUAUGCUGAAGCAUCCACAUAUUGUGGAACUGUUGGAGACAUAUAGCUCAGAUGGAAUGCUUUAUAUGGUUUUUGAAUUUAUGGAUGGAGCUGAUCUGUGUUUUGAAAUUGUAAAACGGGCAGAUGCUGGUUUUGUAUACAGUGAAGCUGUAGCCAGUCAUUACAUGAGACAGAUACUGGAAGCACUACGCUACUGUCAUGAUAAUAACAUAAUUCACAGGGAUGUGAAGCCACACUGUGUCCUUCUUGCCUCAAAAGAAAACUCAGCACCGGUUAAACUUGGAGGCUUUGGAGUAGCUAUUCAGUUAGGAGAGUCUGGACUUGUUGCUGGAGGACGUGUAGGAACACCUCAUUUUAUGGCCCCAGAAGUGGUAAAAAGAGAGCCCUAUGGGAAACCUGUAGAUGUCUGGGGUUGUGGGGUGAUCCUUUUUAUUCUGCUAAGUGGUUGUUUGCCUUUUUACGGAACCAAGGAAAGAUUAUUUGAAGGCAUUAUUAAAGGAAAAUAUAAGAUGAAUCCCAGGCAGUGGAGCCAUAUCUCUGAAAGUGCCAAAGACCUGGUCCGCCGAAUGUUGAUGUUGGAUCCAGCUGAAAGGAUAACAGUUUAUGAGGCACUUAAUCAUCCUUGGCUUAAGGAGAGAGAUCGCUAUGCCUACAAGAUUCAUCUUCCUGAAACGGUAGAGCAACUGCGGAAAUUUAACGCAAGGAGGAAACUAAAGGGUGCAGUACUGGCAGCUGUGUCAAGCCACAAAUUCAACUCAUUCUAUGGGGAUCCCCCUGAAGAGUUGCCAGAUUUCUCUGAAGAUCCUACCUCCUCAGGAGCAGUCUCACAGGUGCUAGACAGCCUGGAGGAAAUUCAUGCACUUACAGACUGCAGUGAAAAGGACUUAGAUUUUCUACACAGUGUUUUCCAGGAUCAGCAUCUCCACACACUGCUAGAUCUUUAUGACAAAAUUAACACAAAGUCUUCACCACAUAUCAGGAAUCCUCCAAGUGAUGCUGUACAGAGAGCCAAAGAGGUAUUGGAAGAAAUUUCAUGUUACCCUGAAAACAAUGAUGCAAAGGAGCUAAAGCGUAUUUUAACACAACCUCAUUUCAUGGCCUUACUUCAAACUCAUGAUGUAGUGGCACAUGAAGUUUACAGUGAUGAAGCAUUGAGGGUUACACCUCCUCCCACCUCUCCAUACUUAAACGGAGAUUCUCCAGAAAGUGCCAACGGUGACAUGGAUAUGGAGAAUGUUACUCGAGUACGGCUGGUACAGUUCCAGAAAAACACAGAUGAACCAAUGGGAAUCACUUUGAAAAUGAAUGAACUAAACCAUUGCAUUGUAGCAAGAAUUAUGCAUGGGGGAAUGAUCCACAGACAAGGUACACUUCAUGUAGGUGAUGAAAUCCGAGAAAUAAAUGGUAUCAGUGUAGCAAACCAAACAGUGGAACAGCUACAAAAAAUGCUUAGGGAAAUGCGGGGGAGUAUUACCUUCAAGAUUGUGCCAAGUUACCGCACUCAAUCUUCAUCCUGUGAGAGAGAUUCCCCCUCUACCUCCAGACAGUCCCCAGCUAAUGGUCAUAGCAGCACCAACAAUUCUGUUUCGGACUUGCCAUCAACUACCCAACCAAAAGGACGACAGAUCUAUGUAAGAGCACAAUUUGAAUAUGACCCAGCAAAGGAUGACCUCAUCCCCUGCAAGGAAGCUGGUAUCCGAUUUAGAGUCGGUGACAUUAUCCAGAUUAUUAGUAAAGAUGACCACAAUUGGUGGCAGGGUAAACUGGAGAACUCCAAAAACGGUACUGCAGGUCUCAUUCCUUCUCCGGAACUUCAAGAAUGGAGAGUAGCUUGUAUUGCCAUGGAGAAGACCAAACAGGAGCAGCAAGCUAGCUGUACUUGGUUUGGAAAGAAGAAGAAGCAGUACAAAGAUAAAUAUUUAGCAAAGCACAAUGCAGAUCUUGUUACAUAUGAAGAAGUAGUAAAACUGCCAGCAUUUAAAAGGAAAACACUAGUCUUACUAGGUGCACAUGGUGUUGGAAGAAGACACAUAAAAAACACACUCAUUACAAAACACCCAGACAGAUUUGCAUACCCUAUUCCACACACAACUAGACCUCCAAAGAAAGAUGAAGAGAAUGGCAAAAACUAUUACUUUGUAUCUCACGACCAAAUGAUGCAAGACAUAUCUAACAAUGAAUAUUUGGAGUACGGCAGCCACGAGGACGCCAUGUACGGGACAAAACUGGAGACAAUACGGAAGAUCCACGAACAGGGGCUGAUCGCAAUACUGGAUGUAGAACCUCAGGCACUGAAGGUCCUGAGAACUGCAGAAUUUGCUCCUUUUGUAGUUUUUAUUGCUGCACCUACGAUUACUCCAGGCAUCAAUGAGGAUGAAUCUCUUCAGCGCCUGCAGAAGGAAUCUGAUAUCUUACAGAGAACAUAUGCACACUACUUUGAUCUAACGAUUAUCAACAAUGAAAUUGAUGAAACAAUCAGACAUCUGGAGGAAGCCAUUGAGCUCGUUUGUACAGCACCACAGUGGGUUCCUGUCUCCUGGGUCUAUUAAGCCUCUCAGCAGAUAACUGAAGAAGUCUGUCAUAUCUGGGAACCACCUCAUACAUGAAAAAACCUCUUCAUUACCGGCCUUGUGUCAACAGGUCUUGGCCCCUAGGGACUACCUAGAUGUAGUGUGACCUAAAUUUAACUAUUGUCAUGUCCAAAUAGAUAGGAGGAGGAAAAAAAUUAAACACUAACUUAAAGAGACAGUAUCUUUUUUAAUCAGUUCUCCUAAACUUUAAUAAAAAUGUAUCUUUAAAUGUAUGUAUUAUUCAAUCCUUUGGAAUGUUAUAUUUUUGGAAAUCAUAGCUUUUUAUUUCAAAGGCCCCUUAAAACUGCACAAAAUAGAUGCUGCUUUCUAUAAUCUAUUUUAAUAAUAAUAAAAAUAAUUCUGUUACCUUGACAUGGGGGUGGAACACUACAUUCUUUUUAGAGUCUGAUUUUAUGGAUUGGAAUAUCUUGCUUUCCUUUAUUUAUUUGAAAUAAUCUAGUGAUUACAAAACAUUUUUAAAGGCCUUUUUUCUCUUUUUUUUAGAAUAGUAUUUUUGUUAGGUACUUUUAUGUAACAUCCAGAUAAUGUGAUACUGUCUCUUUGAAGAAUUCUGUCAACCUUUUAGAGAUUUGAAAUUGGGUCUUGACUCUUAAUGCAUGUGGACAGUCGCAAGCUUUCAUGCUGUCGGUGUAUCUGUGUUGAAAAAAAAAACUGUAAUCUACAGCAAAAGUACAUUCCGUUCAUGGGAAAACUACCCAAGGGAAUAAAAAUAAAAUGUUAUGACUAAGUUGUAAACCUAUGCACAUCCCUUGCAUUUUGGGCAACUUUAUAAAAAAAACUGAUUUUUAUUAAUAAUAAUCAUGUAGUGAAAUGUGUUUGUAAUUUUGUCUCAAUUUAAUUUGUUGUAAGGUGGGAGGGGGAACUGCUGGUUUCAUCAUUUCGGAUCUGUGUUGUCUGAGAGUAUUAACGUUUUAAUUCAGCAAAGAAAUGCAGAUUUUUAAUAUGUAUGUAAUUGUUUUAAAUUUACCCAUUUUAAAAGAAAAUGUGCAAUGAAGAAACCAGUUUAGGCAUUUGCUAUAAACUGAAUAUUCCAAAAAGA